AUGCCACUUACUUUAUUUGGUAUAGGUGCGGGAGCGGUGAAGUCGCAGCAGCUUGAAAGCUACUCAUCCAAAGGGAAUGCUGGUGCAUCGGAUGGGAAGGACUGGCGCGGCUCGGUUGUGAAGCUACCCAAUCAUACUGUUACGCUGGAGAAGCGGCUCGCCGAAGGGGGCUUCGCAAUUGUGUACUUGGCAAAUGACAAGCGCGGGCGCCAGUAUGCGUUGAAGCGACAGUUUAUCAGCGAUGAUGCACGGCAGCUGGAGGCCUGUCGGAGAGAGUGCCGCAUUGUUAGUUGCUUGGCGGGACACAAGAAUAUCGUGUCAUACGUGGACCAUAUGAUACUGAAGAAUAACUGUGGUGUCUAUGAAUGCUCACUACUUACAGCUUACUACAAAAAUAGCGUGCUGCAGCUUAUGAAUGACCGCCAUUUGGCUGGACGAUGCCUGUCGGCGAAUGAGGUGCUGAAGAUUUUUUGUGAUGUCUGUGAAGCAGUGGCUCGGCUGCACCAUUCCCAAACACCGGUCAUUCAUCGCGAUCUGAAGGCUGAAAAUGUCUUGAUAGACGAGCGCCAGCGUGGCUCACCCACAUAUGUUUUAUGUGAUUUUGGAAGUGCUACAACAAAGGUUUUGUCCUCGGAGACGCAGUCGCUUCAGUUUAUUGAAGACGAGAUUCAUCGUUACACAACUCUGAGCUAUCGAGCUCCAGAAAUGAUCGAUAUUUAUUCCGGGAAACCUAUUGGAACAAAAGUCGACAUCUGGGCUUUGGGUGUGAUGCUGUACCGGCUCUGUUAUUUUAUUCUUCCAUUCGGUGAAAGUUCACUUGCAAUCCAGAACUGUUCUUACAGCUUUCCAAACGAGCCAAGUUAUCCGGAAGAGCUGCGUGCUAUCAUUAAGGUCCUUUUGGAUCCGAAUUUUGCUCAUCGUCCAGACAUAUAUCAGGUUGCGACACUUGCAUUUGAAGCCUCGGGACAGCGUUGUCCAGUUGGUAAUUUGAAUAAUGUCCCGGCGUUGCAGCUAAAUGCUGUGGUGCAUAGUUUCCAGGAGAUGCAAGGCGCCACGACCGUUACGAAUGCUACGCAUCGUGCAUCCACAUUUGCAGAUUUCUCUCCCUCUUUGGUGUGCGUGCAGCAGGAAACUGUGACUUCGAUAAAUCCAAGGCUUCGUCCAAAACCGUGUGCAAGUGCUGCCCGUUUAAAUUUGUCCGGCUCCGUUUCACGACUUCUUGAGGCGCCGCGUAUUAAGCAGGAGAAUAGUUCUGUGUCGAAGAUGGCAGUGCCAGACGCAGGUAUCUGGUUUUGAAA